UAUUUUUAAGCCGAAUAGUUGGAGCUGUCACUUCCUGCAGGUGAUGAUAUCUGCAGCCAUGAACAACCUGCACACCUGAAUCCAAUCUGUCCUCCUCCAUGACACACAAAACACCCAGGAGAGAGAAUUCCUCCUUGUUUUCUCCAAACACAUGUUUUAGAUAACAGCUACACAACCUCCUCGUACACAACAGCAGUCCCUCCCUCUCUCCUCAGAGUCCACGUCUCUCUCCCUGCAGAUCACUUCGCUCUCCAGUUUUUUAGACAGACACUAAAGAGGAAAACCUCCCGGGAGCGUGGGAGGAGACAGAGGGAGAUGCACAGGUGGAGCACAGAUUGCAAAGAGGCAGUUGUUUCAGAGUAAAAGCAGAAAGGGGGAGGGGGGGGAGGCCGAGGUGGAGCUUUGCUGGCUGCCCUGGGCUCGCAGCUAUUCACCGACAGGUUGGACUGGUUUCUCCUCCUCAAUACCUGAGUCUCUGGUGGCUCUCGCUCAUUUGAACCAGCUCACAGGGAGGAGGCAGUGAAGAGGGGAAGUGGCUGUGAAGGGUUCUCUGUGCAUUUCAACCAGUUUCACCAUGCCUGAGGAAGAAGAAUAUUUUGGAAAGAAUGGGGAGCCAAGAAAGUUUGACCCGACCUUCAAGGGCCCGAUCCACAACAGAGGCUGCACAGACAUCGUGUGCUGCGUCCUCUUCAGCAUCGCCAUCCUGGGUUAUGUCGCAGUGGGAAUACUCGCCUGGUCACAGGGGGACCCCAGGAAGGUGAUCUACCCCACAGACAGUCGGGGCCAGUUCUGUGGGCAGGCCGGCACCAAGCUCGAAAACAAGCGAGACUUGUUCUACUUCAACAUCAUGAAGUGUGCCAGCCCCAUGGUGCUGCUGGAGUUCCAGUGUCCCACCACACAGAUGUGUGUGGAGAAGUGUCCCGACAAGUUCAUGACCUUAGUCAAAGCCUACAGCAACAAAAAGGACUUUGAGUACUACAAGAAAUUCUGCCAGGACGGCGUGACAAACAGGAUGGGUAUUCCAGAAAUCCUCCGGUUAGACCUCUGUCCUGCCAUGCUGAUGCCGAGCAAGCCCUUCACACGCAGGUGUUUCCCAGCCUUGGGUCAGAAGGGCGGGGUGAUAACUGUGGGAAACAGCUCCCACUUCGAAGAUGGAAGUGGGAAAAUUCGAGAUGCCAAGGACCUGUUGGACGGAGUCAAGAACGCCACCGUGGUUAUUGAGGCUCGUCAGGUGGUCAUGAAGAUCUUUGAGGAUUACACACAGUCCUGGUACUGGAUUCUCAUAGGCUUGGUUAUUGCCAUGCUCCUCAGCCUGCUCUUCAUCAUCCUCCUGCGCUUCCUGGCCGGCAUCAUGGUCUGGGUCAUGAUUGUGUUGGUGAUACUGGUGAUAGGAUACGGUAUCUUCCACUGCUCCAUGGAGUACGUUGCCCUGAAGGGAGAGCCAGGCUCUAACGUGACCCUCCAGGAUCUGGGCUUCCAGACGGACUUCACCGUCUACCUGCAGAUCAGACAGACCUGGCUGGCCUUCAUCAUUAUCCUGGCCAUUGUGGAAGUCAUCAUCAUCCUGCUGCUCAUCUUCCUCAGGAAAAGGAUCCUCAUCGCCAUCGCUCUCAUCAAAGAAGCCAGCAGAGCCAUUGGUCACGUGAUGUGUUCCCUCUUCUACCCGCUCUUCACCUUCCUCCUCCUGGCCAUCGUCAUCGCCUACUGGGCCGUCACUGCUGUUUUCCUGUCUACCUCAAACGAACCCAUCUACAAAGUUUUCAACGAGACGGCGUGUGAACACACGAGGACAAUUUGUGAGCCGGCCAACUACUCGACCAGUUCGAUGAAAACCCAGUGUCCCGACUCCCAGUGCCUCUUUGCGUUUUACGGCGGGGAGACGAUUUACCACAAAUACCUGAUCGUCCUUCAGUUCUACAACGUCUUCCUCUUCUUCUGGUGCGCCAACUUCGUCAUCGGCCUGGGACAGAUGACGCUCGCCGGAGCCUUUUCCUCGUACUACUGGGCCUCGGUGAAGCCGGACGACAUGCCGGCCUUCCCAGUGUUCUCCUCCCUCGGGAGAUCUCUCAGGUAUCACACUGGAAGUCUGGCGUUCGGCUCUCUCAUUCUCUCCAUCAUUCAGAUCAUCCGGGUUUUCCUGGAGUAUCUGGACCACAAGCUCAAAGGAACCCACAAUAAGUUCACCAAGUUCCUGUUGUGCUGUCUGAAGUGCUGCUUCUGGUGUCUGGAGAAAUGCAUCAAGUUCCUCAACAGAAAUGCCUACAUCAUGGUGGCAAUUUACGGCAAAAACUUCUGUGCCUCAGCCAAAGAUGCCUUCUUCCUCCUCAUGAGGAACAUGAUCAGAGUGGCUGUCUUGGAUAAAGUGACAGAUUUCCUCCUGUUUUUGGGCAAACUGCUCAUCGUUGGACUCGUGGGGGUCUUUGCCUUCUUCUUCUUCUCUGGGAGAGUGGCGGCCUUUGAGAACACAGCACCCAAUCUCCACUAUUACUGGGUGCCCAUCCUGACUGUGGUGGUCGGCUCGUACCUCAUCGCCAACGGCUUCUUCAGCGUGUACGCCAUGUGUGUGGACACUCUGUUCCUCUGUUUCUGCGAAGACCUGGAGCGCAAUGACGGGUCAGCCGCGAGGCCUUAUUACAUGUCGUCAACCCUUCACGAGAUUCUGUGGAAGAACAAGGCCGAGGAUCCGCCCUCGUCUUCGUCUCUGCAACGAGACGAAGAAGACGUCCAGAUGACAGAGCGGCACACUAAAGAGGAGGACGCUGCUUCUUAGAGGAGUUCUCAUAGAAUGAUUGUUCACUGAAAACCCGACACCUUUUCAAACGGCUGUAGUUGAACCCUGAAAUGUUAGAGGAGCUGGUACUUUGUUGUUGCCCAAUGGGGAAAAUUAAAAAUGUUGCACUAAACAGAAGACGAUGCCUUAAAGUGGCCGGGUUCGUUCACAACUGACUGGUUCCCUUUAACUUUACUGUCCUUCAACACGAGGAAACGUUGGACAUGAGAUGUUAUGAAUAUUGUUUUUUCCUGAUUGACUAUUCACUAGUCUCCAGACAGUAUUUGUCCAAUCAGAGCUGAGCAACCGUAACCAGCUGGUCUGUGAAGCUGCUGGUUUCUAAACGUGGUGAAGCUGUGUGGCAGCAAAAUGUUGAAAGAUUUCAAAGAUUUGAAAAAGAAAAGCUUGAAGCCACAGUGAUUUAGCGAAUGGUCAAUCGGACGUCAAGCAUGUCUCCUGAAAGGAGCUCUUUAAAGUGUACGUGUGAAUAUUACACAUUCUCAACCUGCUGCAUGAAGUGAUGACGUGAUGGUUUCCUACUGGGACGCGAUUAAGUGGAUUAGAAACUUUCUCCUGUUGGUUCGUGGUCGUUUUGAAUGCGACGGACAAACUGCUUCACUGAAUAACUGAUAUUUCUAAACCUUUUUUUUUUUUAGUCCUUCCACUGCCACUGGCCAAACGGAAACUUGAAGCCGUUCAUGUGCCUGAGUUGUUAAAGUUGGUCUGUUUGUACUUUAGUGUUUAUGGACACGGAAGAAAAGACAUGACCAUCAGUGCUAAUCCUCAAAAUGCUGUUCUAUCAAUGCACUUUAACUUCUGUUCACAUGCGUUUCUGUACUAGUGAAUAUUUUUUAAUCUGUGUAGAUUUUUAUCUUCAGUGUUUGCUUUGAAGUCUUUGUUGCACAAAACAGGAUUUUAACUUGAAUAGAUGCACGUUUGCGACAAAUGUACGGAUUCAAUUUACAGUUAUUGCCUUUUUUCUACUGAAGCCAAUUAAAUGUUCCUCUGACUUC